UCCGUCCGGAUCCCGGAAGUAGAUCACGUGGGAUGUAGUGGUGGUGCGGAUCGGGUGAGCGGGAGGUGAUCAUGCCUCGCUACGCGCAGCUGGUGAUGGGGCCGGCGGGCAGCGGGAAGAGCACCUACUGUUCUACGAUGGUUCAGCACUGUGAGGCCCUGAAUCGCUCUGUUCAAGUGGUAAAUCUGGAUCCUGCAGCAGAACACUUUGACUAUCCUGUUAUGGCAGAUAUCCGGGAACUGAUAGAAGUAGAUGAUGUGAUGGAAGACAGCUCUCUCAGAUUUGGUCCUAAUGGGGGACUUGUAUAUUGUAUGGAAUAUUUUGCCAAUAACUUUGACUGGCUGGAGAGUUGUUUGGGGCACACUGAAGAUGACUAUAUACUUUUUGACUGCCCAGGUCAGAUUGAGCUGUACACUCACUUGCCGGUUAUGAAGUACCUGGUAGAACAGCUCCAGCAGUGGGAGUUUAGAGUCUGUGGCGUCUUCCUUGUUGAUUCUCAGUUCAUGGUGGAAUCUUUCAAGUUUAUUUCUGGAGUAAUGGCCGCUUUAAGUGCUAUGGUAUCUUUGGAAAUUCCACAGUGCAACCUCAUGACUAAGAUGGAUUUACUGAACAAAAAAGCUAAAAAGGAGAUUGAGAAAUUUUUAGACCCUGAUAUGUAUUCUAUGAUUGAAGAUUCAACCAACAGACUAAGAAGUGAAAAAUUCAAGAAGCUGACAGAGGCAAUUUGUGGAUUGAUCGACGAUUACAGCAUGGUUCGAUUUUUACCAUUUGAUCGCUCAGAUGAAGAAUGCAUAAAUAUUGUGCUCCAACAUAUAGACUUUUCCAUCCAGUAUGGGGAAGACCUGGAGUUCAAAGAGCCAAGGGAACUUGAGGAGGAUAAAUCGGAGGACGUUGAUGAAUUCUUCCAGGACCAGGCAGAUGAGGAUUAACAGCUUCAAUGACAUACUGGGAAUGGUGUGCUGGGAAGGAUAUAGCUUUCAUGACUUCCAAGAUAUAUUUUGGUGAAUAGUGGAAGUGGGAUUCUCAGUACGCAUACAGGGACUGCAGUGCCGAAACUUGCAUGUGAUGGACUUUACUAGCUGUGUGCGGAUACAUUGGCAAUGUGUCCUAGAUAACCAGAGCCUGCACUGCAUGUUUUCGCAUGCAUACAGAAUAGGUUUUUCUAUCCUGUGCAGAAGAAGAAAAAACUUUAUUUUGAAGUAACUGACACCUAAGUUUCAGUUGAUUUGCAUAAGCAAUUUUUUUUCAGACUUUUUUUAGUAAACAAAAUCAAAGUCCGUUUUAUUUUGUAUAAAUGUAAGUUUAUUUUUUAUUUAAAAGUUUGUCUAUUUUCACAUUCUGUAAAUAGAAUGGCGGUCUCUGUACACUGUGUAGCAGAGCAGCAUGUUUGCCGACGCUUCCCCUCCCUCGUUGGUUGUCGAGGACAAUGUUGGGUUCACAGCCGGCAGGCUCCUAGAAACCAGUGCUGUUGACAUUGAGCGAAGCUUUAUGGGGAAGCUGAGUGACUGGUUCCUCAUCGGGUCUGCUCUCUUGUAAUUGACAGCAAGGAGUUGGUGGAUUCCAUAAACGGCAUCGGUCUGUCAAUUGGCUAUACAAGCUGCCCACUGCCUGCGGUCAAGCACUAAAAGAGUAGACCUGAUGGGAAACUAUAAGAUCUCUUUGGCUCUGCCCAUCCAGCUACAAAAAUCCUCGGCCACUGCGUUGGUUUUGUAACUGCUGCAGGGAUGGAGAAGGGAGUUUAGCUGCACUGAAGACGGAGUGUCAUGCAUUUGGCAUCGGGAUGACUGCCCUUCCCCCAAAUACAUGUACCUGAAUCCACCAGGUACAUGAAUUUGGGGCAAGCACUGACAUUGGGCAUGCAGAGACAAAGGAUUUCUAAAGCGUGUCAUAAACACUCUUUGUGAAUUUCGCAGAUUGUCUUCUGUUCUAUAGAACAGUUGAGACUCUCAGAAAACAAUGUAUAAGAGGAGGUUCAGGCCCCCCCCCCCC